AUGCGUGCCUCCCCUGGUUCUUCUCCGGCCUCAGCCUCGGCGUCGAGUCUCGCGAACAGCGUCGCGGAGACGCUCUUUCGGCUCUACGUGCGUGACAUCCCUCGGCGUGGGAAGCCCGACGAGGCGACCGGCGAGUGGACGGUCCUUGCGGGUUUCGUGCUCGAGGUGAGGCGAGAGGGGGGGGUCAGCGAGAAGGCGAAAGGAGAGCGUGACGAGUGUGCUGCCGCGACAGAGGAAGGUGAGGAGACGAAUGGGGUCGGUGCGGAGGGGAAAGAAGAGAAAACACCCGCCUCGCUAAGACGCCCUUGCCAGCAGAGACACGCGGAGAAGAGCGGCCUCUCCUCGGAGCCGCGGCGCGAGGAGCGGAGGACACUCGAGGGGGCGGAGCUGUCGCGCCACCAUGAGUCGCAUGAUCACACAGAGUGUCCUCGCGUGUGGACUGAGCCCUUGAAACCGAAUCUGACGUCUCCCGCGCCGCCUCUGUCUCCGCUCGCAGUGUCCGCGAACUGCGACGGCCUUCGAAGCAGCCGCCGGCCGCUCUCAGGUUCGUCUCCGUCCUCGCCCCGAGCGGCUCCGUUUCUCGUUUCCUCCGCGCCCGCCGUUGGUGCUCCUGACUGCACAUCUUCUUUCUUCCAUUCGCUUGUGCUGGCAACCGGGUCGCGAUGCAUUGGCGCCUCUCGGCUAUUCCCCGCUGUCGCCACUCCACAGGCAAGCGGAAAGGCACGUCCUCCUGAAACGAAGCGCGACGUGCGAGCGCCUCAGGCUCCGCCGCAGACUCAUAGCAACCCGCCGCCGAACAGGGCCUCUCCUUCUCCGUCGCCUGUGAGCACGGCGUCGGCUCUGCCGUCUGUUCACUUCUCGCAGACGAACUCCGUUGAACCGCCCAGUACGCCCGCGGCUUCUACUGAGUGGUCUCUUUCUCCUCUGUCGCUUUCUCUCUCUGCUCAGUCUCUCCACACAGAGCCCGACGCCCCGGGGCGGUCUCUCAGCCUUUGCGCGCCGGGCGUAGAGUCCCUCGAACAAGAGCGGCGCGGCCACGAUAGGGGGACGGGGCGGCGACGAAGGUCGUCUUGCCCCUAUUGGGGCGUGGUUCCUCGUGGUAUUUCCUCGAUCUCGGUCGACGCUAACUGGCGCGCAUGUCGUUUUGGUCGCGGGGUAGCUGGUCUGGCAGUGGAAGAGUCUGCGACCUCGGCGCAAGGAGAGACGGCGACAGCCCUUGACGGCGUACGGGAUGGAGCCACGCCCUCUGAAACCGAGGCGGCAUCAUGCCCCGCCCCUGCUUCUCAACCCUGUCUGGCUUCCUUGCCUUGCUCUUCCACGCCCCCGUCGCCUUCCGCCUCGCGGUGUCCUGCAUCUUCGCCGUCUUCCCGCUCCUUGUCUGCUUCGCGUUGCUCCCUCUCUCACGGUCGCUCGCCUGACUCACCGCGUCGCCCGCGGUCCGGCGGAGCCUGGGCUGAUUCCCCUCGCUCGUCUCUGGCGCGAUCCAACAAGCGAAGGCACUCGUCUCCAAGCGCAUUAAGUUUGCCUUCCAUGCGCACCCUUGGGAAGAAGAGCCGCCACGCGGGUGGCCGCAAGCCUCCACCGGUCGCCCCCGAAGCGUACAGACGCUGGACGCAGGGGAACUGCGUCUGUGUUCACGAUUCGCACGCGGAAGUUCUCGCGAGACGCCUGCUCAAGCGCUACCUCGCUCUUGGCGCGCUUGCACAGCUCCAUGCCUUCCUCGCCGAGACACGCCAGCGCGUGGAGAGACUCGAAGCCGCGCUGUCGCAUCUAGGCGCUUUGACAGGGAGUGGCAACAACCGAGGGGACCGCGGCGACGCGAUUGCCACGACGAUCUCAGCCGCGAAAGAGCGAGGUGAGACCGGUGGAGUCUGCGAAGGCGUGAUACCGAGAGGCCUACGGAAUGGCGGAGGCGACGCUGGCGCGGGAGGCGCCCAGCGCCUGCCCUCACGUGCGGAGCGAGGCCGCGACGAACGAAACGAGCAAGGGGGGCAGCACGCGGAAAGCCAAGAGGCGACUUUGCUCGAGGUGCGCGAUGGAGGCCACGGACUCCUCGAGAGCCCCUGUCGCGAUGCUCACACUCUCGCCUCGGCAGUAACAUCCCUCGCGGUGCUCCUCCUUCGCCCUUUUCCGACUUCGCUCUGCCGACCCUCAGCUCCUUCCUGCACCCCGGGCGAGCCCCGGCCGCGAGGCGGCGGCGGGUCAGGGGUCGCUGCCUCGCUCGGCCCAGCGCCACGAUCAGUAGGGCUCUCGGAGCCUCACCGAGGUGAGCAGCUAAAUGAUGCACGGAUUCUCGAGUUUCUUCCUCUGGCUAGGGCUUUUCGGCAGCGUGCAGGCACGCGUUUGCACUUCUAUGCAUCCAUGGCCCCCUGCGGAGACGCAGCACUCACGCCUCGCGUCAGCGCAGCCGCGGAAGCGCCACGAAGGACGCGGCAAGGCGACAGCCGCAACAGCAAGGCCGGCGCUCCUCGCAGUCAGGCGCCAGAGCGCGGAGGCGAGGUGAGCCCCGGCGGCGGAGACAGCCAGGGCACGGUGGGAAGGCGCGCAGACAGCGAGGACGCUCGCGAACCCGGCGACGGUAGGGAGACGAAGGCCGGACGCCGCGAGCAGGCAACCGAGGGGUGGAGAGAAAAGGGUGACGCGGAGCCUGGAGGAAGCGAAGUGUUGUCGGUUUUGUUGGCGAGUGAAGGCGAGGAGGGCAAUCGCCGCAGGAGAAAAAGAGUCAAAGAUCGCGACCGGGGCAGACUGGCGCCCAUUCCUUCUUUCCGCUUUCGCCCCACCGGCGCGAAGCCCGUUUCAGUCACAGAUCGAUGCGAUGAAAGGGGCACGUUGCUGACGUCCGACCAAGAUCUCCUCGCGGUACAGAAACGGGGAAUUCUCCGAUUCAAACCCGGCCGGAGCGACCUUCCGAGUCACAUGCGUUCGUGUUCGCUCAGCUGCAGCGACAAAAUAUGGCGCUGGAAUUGUCUCGGAUGGGAGGGAGCGGUUCUUUCGCGGAUUCUCGCUGCGCCGCUCCUGCCCUUCUCCAUUUCCGUAGGAGAGUCCUCCGUCUCGCUUUCCGCUUUGCAAGUCUCUCUUCUAAAUAGAGGCGGCAGCGACGCGGAGGAAGGGAGUGAAAACGAGGUGCUCGACACCUCGAAGCUGCUGCCGUUCAUAUCCCUGCGCAGCCAUGCCAGGCCACAAGCACCUGAUCUUCCGAUUCUGCUCAAAACGACGAGCGACACGAUCUUCCCGGCUUCGCGCGAAGCCGCAGAAAGACGACGCGCGGAGGACCUGAGUGCGCGGAGCGGCGCAAAGGACGAGGUAAGGCACACAGCGGAGGACGUGUGCAAAGGAAAAUCUGAGAGGAAGCGGAUAAAGGAGUUAGGCGCAGAGGAAAAGGGAGGGCUCAGAUUUUGCGUCGAAAAAGGCGGCAGCGACGAGACCGAAGAGGUCACGAGUGAUGCAAGGCCAGAAAAGAUGGAGACUGACGAAUCCGCUCGGUGCUCCAGUCGUGGGACGCGUGCUUCGGAUAGGCCGUAUCAUGGUUGUCAAGGCAACUUCGGUGUGGGGACGGAUGAACACGCCAGGGCGGAAGGGGCAUGUGCGCAGUCUACAAACCCACAGGGUCGCCUUUCUGCACAGGCUCCUCCCGAUAAGAACGAGGUGGACCCAGCUGGCGCGCGGAGAAAGAAAACGAAAGAAUGGGAAGGCGUACGGGCGCUCCCCCCCAUUCGCUCGUCAGGGCUCUCGAUUGCGUGGCAUAGGUCUCCCGAGGUCGAGUUCUCUGCCUCUCCGGUUGAGGCGGGAAAUCCCAGUGCGACUCGCCUAAAGGCCCGAGAUAGCGGAGAGGCGUGUGGUGCGUCGAAGUGUCUGUGUCUAGUUGGCUCUUCGAAGGCGUUUCACGAAGUCACAGUCGGCUGCAGCGGCCUCCUGCAUCGCACAAUGGUAAAAAAGGCGCAGGACUGCCGCUACUUGCACUCCGAACUCUGCAAGGCGAAUCUGUCGCGCGUGCUCCUCCACCUCACAGUUUUGAAGGAACACGGUUUGUUGAAGGCGCUGCGCGAGGCAAUUGCGGGCUUGGAGACUGCGCAAGAAGCGCUGAGUCGCACCAAGUCCCCGUCUGUCGCAUCGGAGAAAGCUCUGGUCGCGGUGAGGCGGGUCCUUGACGAAGCGAAAAAACGCGGGCUGAUGGACGGCCAGGAAUGUGAGCACACCGAGGGAUUCUGGCGAGACCGUCAAGAGGCGGAAGAGAAUGCAAUGUCUACAGACGGGCGUGGGCAUACGGGUCUGCGCAGUGGGCUGUCGAUCUCAUACGACAGUUUGAAGGCACGCGCAGUUGAUUAUCAGGCACGGAAGGUGCAAUGGCGAAAGCGUUACGGCGGCUGGGAAGGAAGCGCGCAGCGGCUGCGCAGUUUCGAACUCGGCGCCGAGGCGGACUUUGCACUGUUUGAUUUCGUCGUCGAGCGUGUGACGCAGAGCGAAUCAACGCCGCAUUUCUGCGGCGCGUCGGCUGCUUCACGGAGGACAGAAGAAAAAAGAGACAACUCAUAUCGUGACGCAUAG